CGCGGGAACCCCGCCUCAUUUCCGGAGAAAGCCGUCAGAAAAAAAAAAAGACUGAAAAAAGGCCCGAGAAGAUGGCGGUGCUGGCGGGGCGGGGGCGGUGGCUUGGGUUUGAAUUUUAGCGGCGCCAGCCGAGUCAGGACGACCGGCUCCGCGGAGCUGGAGCGGGGAAAGGUCCCGCCUAGUCCGGGGAGCUGCAGCCCGCCGCUGCUGUCGCCAUGGACUCGGUGUUAGGGGAGGACGUCACCCUGCCAGCGGGGCUCAACGGCAGCAGUGUUCUUAUUUCAAAUUUGCCAGAUGGUUCAGACAUUGAUCCCAAUUUUGGUCUGGGAAGCAAUGUGUUCCCAAAUGCUUCAGAAGAAACUGUGUCUCCCACCAGAGUACGAAACAUGAAAGACUUUGAAAAUCAAAUCACUGACUUGAAGAAAGAAAAUUUCAACUUGAAGCUUCGCAUUUAUUUCCUUGAGGAACGGAUACAGCAGAAAUUUGACAGCCCCAAUGAAGAUGUCUAUAAAAUUAACAUUGAGUUGAAAGUGGAGUUGGAAAGCCUGAAACGUGAAUUGCAGGAGAGGGAGUAUCUCCUCAUCAAAGCCUCCAAAGCAGUUGAAAGCCUGGCAGAAGGGGGCGGUUCAGAAAUUCAGCGUGUGAAAGAGGAUGCUCACAAAAAGAUGCAGCAAGUUGAAGACCACCUAACAAGAAAAAUAUUCCAUCUAGAGGAGGACGUCAAAGCAGCCCAGGCAGAAGUGGAAAAGGCCUUUGCAAUGGCAGAGAAGGAAAAGGUUCUCAGAAUGGGUUUGGAAGAAAAACUUUCAUCUCUGAAGACGGUACAGCAGGGAGAUCUGGAGGAGGCCCUAUCUGAGGAAGACAAAGACAGACUAAUAGAGGAUUUGAGGCUGACUUUGAAGAAAAAAGAUGCUUUAAUUCAGGAACUUGAAGAGGCAAAAUCUCAAAUGGGAUCUCCUGAUGAGAACUUGUCAUCUGGAAAACUCAGAGAUCUUACUGCUGCUUUCAGGGAAGAAAAGGAAUUAGAAAUAGAGGCUGUUCAAAUGGAACUUAGAAAUGAAAGAAAUUGCUUUGAAAAGAAAAUUCUGUCUUUCCAGGAGGACAUAAAAGAAAAAGAAAAAGAAAUUGCUCUUGAAAAGAAAAAUGGUUUGAAGAGGGAUAAAACAAUUCAGGGUCUAACUGUGGCCUUAAAAACAAAAGAUAAAGAGAUUGAAGAACUUACAUCUGAAAUUGAGGAGUUGACUACUUCCUUGGCUAAAGCAAGAGAAGCUACUCACAGUGCCCAAAUAGAAAAAAUCAAGGGGACUGAAGAUUUUGAGACCAUUUUGCUGGAAAAAGAAACCCUUUUAACACAGCUACAUGCUGAAAAUCGGAGGAAAGAUACUGAGAACCAUAAACUACAAAGAGCCAUUGAAAAGUUUAAUCAAGAUCUAGAUGAUUUUCAGCAUGAGAGGGAAAAAUUGGAGAAAGAGUUGGAUGAAGCCCGACGACAGAAGAGUCAUGGAGACAAAACCAUCAAUGACCUUAGAAAUCAAGUAGAGAAAUUACAUGGUGAAAUGAUUGAGAAAGAGAAGUCAGUGGAACAACGUUACAGUAUCCUUUUGAGUGAAUGUAAUCAGAAAUUGCAGAGCCAGGAACAAGUUAUGAAAUGCUUAACAGACAAUGUCAAUCAGAAGGAUAUCUUAUUGCAGCGACUCGAUGGGAAGAUCAAAGAAAAAGAUGUAGAACUUGAACAGCUUUGUAAUAGGCUAAAUCAUCUUUUAAAAGCUAAGGAAGAUCUUGAAUUGAAGAACGAAGACUUAACAGAAAAGUAUGCUCAACAGCUAUCAGUCAAAAAAGCCCUAUCCUCAGAGGAAAAGCAAGGAUCUGAGUAUGAAGAGCUAAUUCAUGCUUUAAAGAAAGAGCAGCACAUUUAUUCUGAUUUAGUAAAAGCCCUGAAAGAUUCAGACAGUAUCAACAAUCUGCAGGCUGAAUUAAACAACAUUUUUUCACUGCGAAAGCAACUAGAAGAUGAUGUUCUCUCUUACCAGACCUUGAGGAAGACCCUAGAAGAUCAAAUUAAUGAAAUUAAGAGGCAAGAAGAAGAAUCCAUUUCAUUUUAUAGUGAUCAGACAUCCUAUUUGAGUAUUUGCAUUGGUGAUCAUGAUCGUUUCCAGACAGAACAUUUGUCUCUAGAAGAACUUAAACAAAGGGUUAAUGAACUAGUGAUGAUUGUAAAGGAAUUGCAUUCAGAUAACCAAGACCUCAAGAAAACCCUUUUUGAACUUUCCUGUUUGGGUACACAGGAAAGUGGUUCAUUAGCCCAUAGUGAGAUCCUGGGGAGUAAGGAUGAUGAUGAGGAUGCUACAAAAGCUGAAGAUAUAGAUGAUGAUGAGAAGAACUUACUUAGUAGUCCCCAUUCAAUGUGGGGCAGUGAGACUACUUUGGAAUAUUCUAAACCUUUCAGUAAAAAUGGAUAUUCAAAGAAUCAAGAUGCUUCUCAGCUAGAUUUUGAUGUAGUUGGUGAUUCUUAUAGCCACAAAGAUAAAUGUCAACAUGGAGGUGAGGAGAUGAAGUUGUUCCCUUCGCCUUUAAGUGAAAAUAGAACAUCAUUGCUGGAGCCCAGACCAGAGCUUAUGAAAGCUAUAAGUGAACUUCUCCUGGAGCAUCUGGGCAUGACUGAACAGGAACUUUCUGGCUGUGAUCUAGAGGAUAAGAAUGAAAAAACUCUUAAGCAAAUAAUUAUUCAGUUAAGAACUGAACUCCGACGUUUUAAACAGGUCAAUAAAUUUUUAAGGCAGCAUAUAGACCUGAAAUCGGUAUUUGAUGGAAAGGAAAGAUUUUAUCCUGCUGCAACAGCACACCUUAAUAAGGCAAUUGAAUUGUCUAUGGUAGAAGUGAAAGAUUCAGUUACACAAACAAUGAACCCAGAGAGCUACACCAUGAAAUUCAGACAUGAAGGGAAGAAAGAUGCUGCAGAAGAAAAACCAAAAUAUUCAGUAUUAAAUGCAGAACAUCAGCAUGAAAAUGUAUAUAAGAUGCCAGAACAGCACAAUGUUCUUCCUCUUCCAAGCACAAUACACAAAAGCACUAAGAAAUCCCGCUUACCCAUUCCAUUAAAAUCAUCUAGAUCAUUAGGAAGUGUAAACUUAAACUCUUCUACCCAGGAGACAAUGGUUUAUCUACAGAACCAGAUAGCUGAACUGCAUGGACAUCUCAAGGAAUGUUCAAUUCGAAACAAACAUCUUCAACAAAAGUUAUCUUUGACUGAAGCUCUGAUUGAAGAGAGAUCAAUGCAAGACAAACUCUUGCUGAAUGCUGAGCCCUCAUCGAAAGCAGUUUGCCAGGAGAGCAAGGUGGAAUUAAAGGAUCCUGAAGGUGAUGCCGGUGGGAAGGAGGAAAAAGAGGAGGAUGAGAAUCAGAGAAAGAGUCCAGGUAAACCUGAACUAUAUCAGCUUAAAAACUUUGACAUCUUGCCCUCAAACAAAGAGAGUCAUUGUGAAGAUUUUAUAGAUGGAGCUUCAACUGCGUCUUAUGCAAGUUCCAAGAAUUUUUCUCUUCAAGUAAAUGUGAAUGGAACAGAUCUUUCUGAUGAAUUUGAUGUGGAUGAUGCUGAACAUUUAAAACAACGAAUUCGAGAUUUGAAAACUGAACUUGAAGGAUACCAGAAAUUCAUAUUUCAUUUGCAAGCUUCUAAACAGUCCCAGUGCAGUAAGGCUAUUAUCACAGUCUUGUGUGGGACUGAAGAAACCCAGGAAGGACAGAAUAAAUCUAAGGGUGGGACCCAUGAAGAAGAAAUGAAGACAUUCUCUAGUUUACAUCAAGUUCAAUAUGUAAAACACACCAAAAUCCUUCAUCCAUUGACUUCAGAGUUGGCUGAUGGGAUAGUGGAAGAACUAAAGCAACAGCUACAAGAACAAGGAUCUGAAUUAAAGAAAGAGCAGAAUAUGAAUAUGAACCUUCUUGAGGAAGUACAUAAUCUUCAAAACAAACUCAGAGAAUCAUCCCCUACAAGAUACGAUUCAUUAGUUCAGUCCCAAGCUAGGGAGCUCUCCUCCCAACGGCAGCAGAUUAAAGACAGCCAUAGCAUCUGUGUCAUUUAUCGUCAACAUAUGACCAACCUUAUUAAAGCUUUUGAGGAGUUGCUGCAGGCCAGUGAUGUUGAUUACUAUGUAGCUGAAGGCUUCCGGGAGCAGCUGAAUCAAAGCAUUCAGUUACUUGAGAAAUUGGAAAAGAUGUUUCUUAAUGGGGAUAACUUACCACCAUCUUCUCCUUUUAAGAAUUUUAAUAUAUUAUAUAUACUUGAGCCAGUCAUGGUAUACCAGUCUGCUAAAGACUACAGAGGAAAAUCAUCUGAUAGAGAAGUCAGCAAACAUAAUGAAUUAAUCAAAAGGGCUUCAGAGGAUAUUACAGUAUAUCCAAGUCUUAAUGAUAAACCAACUAUUCUACCAGCUAGUCAAGUGCUGUCAGAUUACGAAAUAUCAGAAAAGUCUUCCUUUGAUUCUGGAGAACAUAAGCAAGAUAGUGAGGAUAUAGACAAGAGUUCUAUUGUGGCAAACAAUUUUUCUCAAGACUUAUUAAUGGAACAUCUGCAAGAAAUUCGAACUUUGAGACAACGUUUAGAAGAAUCCAUCAAAACAAACGAUAGGCUGCAGAAACAGCUUGAACAUCAAGGGGGUGAACUUGAACAAGGUUCUGCAAACAUUUUUCUCCAUGGCUCGGAGCAACAUAAUUCUCUUACUUCAGAAAUACAUUUCUUGAGGAAGCAAAAUCAAGCUCUCAAUGUGAUGCUUGCAAAAGGUUCACGAGAUAAACAAAAGGAAAAUGAAAAAUUACGAGAAUCCCUCUCCAGGAAGACCGUGAUCAUUGAACACCUUCAAAGGGAUUAUGAAUGUAUCAAGCAAGAAAAUGAAAGGUUGCAGAAACAAGUCAGUGAGAAAGAAAAAGACAACAGGCAUCUGACUCAUGCGAUUUAUAGCAGCCAUCAUGAAUUAAACAGGAUUCAGGCAGAAAUGAAGGUUCAACAACGGCAGUAUGCAGAGAAUGCCAAAUUAUUGCAAUCGCUCCGAGUUGAACUCAAGGUAUAUGAAAAGCUGGAAGAAGCAAACAGAAGACAGAUAGAACCCAGACAAGAUAUGUCAGAGGAAUGCAGAAAAGAGCAGAACCAUCUUCUGGACUUGCAUGAACUCCUGACAGAGAUACAGAAUUUGAGAGUUCAACUGGAAAGAAGCAUCGAGACAAAUAAUGCCCUGAGGAACAAGUUAGAGGAACAGCUUUCAAAGGGAGUGGACACUAUGGCUGCAGUGUCUCCUUUGACCACUCCCAGCCUUCCCCAGAAAGAAUGGCAGCUUUGUCCAGGAAACAAUGUUGAUAAUGAACCCUCUACAGAAGACAAGGAACAAUGUGAGCUGUCAGAUCAGAGUUUGGCACAGCUACCACAAUCAGAAAAGCCAGAAGUUUCUGGAGGGGAUAUGGACAGCUCUUCGUGCUGUAGCAGCAGCUCUGCUCACAGUAUACCUUGUACUCCCCGCCUAGUUCCUGGCCAUCGAAUGUGGGCCAACAAGAGUGGACGUCAUAUUCUGGGGUUGAUUGAGGAUUAUAAUGCUUUACGUAAGCAAAUUUGUGAAGGCCAGAAGCUACUUUCAGAAAUGGAAGCUCAUCUUCAACUCAUUUGUGGCCCCAAGAACCAGGAAACUGGAUUAAAGGUUCCAGAUCAGGCGCCUCUGAAUGGUUUUUCUGACAGUGUUAACACAGCACAGCAGAUAUUAGAAGAGGCAGCUCGUUUAUUGAAGCUUCUUUGGAGAGUUUCUCUUCCCAUAAAUGGCCACUGUCCUGUUCACUCUAAUCAGAUUGCUGAAAUGAAAGCUGAAAUCAUCCGACUGCGCAAGAAAAUUUCUGAACAAGAGAAGAAGCUAUAUAGUACAGCUAGACAUUUACAGUCGAGGAAACACCAGGAAAAAGUCAUCUUUGAUCAGUUGGUUUUAACUCAUGAAAUCCUCAGAAAGGCUAGAGGAAACCUUGAGCUUAAACCAGGGGGGCCAUCUCUGGGAACAGCCAGUUCCUGCGGAUCAGAAUCCUGAAGGACCAACUUUUGCUAAUAAAUGUAUUGGCUCCUUACUAUGA